UCAACUACAACUUCAGUGCCAGCUCCAGCCUCUCAGCCUAGUGCCGGUCGUGGACGACCCAAAGGUUGGAAACCCGGCAUGUCUUACGCUUCACUACGAGGCCCUGUUCCAGAAAAGCCUGCCAAAGAGAGAACAGGGAGACCUGGUCGGCCAUCUAAACCAAAGCCUAUCCCAGUGGGUAUUCCAAAGCGCCGCGGAAGACCGCCCAAGGCUCCAUCCCCUCUACCCUGGCAAGUCUACCGGUCCCUGCCAACCCCGUUUACUGCAUUUUUAUGUGAAUGGAGCGGUUGCAAGGCCGAGCUUCACAACCUGGAUACGCUACGACGCCAUGUCUCCGUAGUUCAUUGCCGGAAAGCGCCGCUCGUGUGCCAUUGGGGGAAAUGUGCACAAAGCACUUCACCUAAUCAGUUCCCCGAUGCGACGUCUCUUCGCGCACAUGUGGAGAAGAAGCAUCUCAUACCGUUCAGCUGGCAUACAGGUGAUGGACCGCAGAAUUACGGUGCCCCUAAUCAACGACCGAAAGAUGAAGAGAUUCCAGAUUAUCUCAAAGACGCUCAAGGCAAUCAAGUAACACCGUCUAUACGCGAUCAAGAAGUGGAGGACUUCGCCACCUGGAAGCACAAUCGCGAGAAGUUAAAAGAUCUGCUGAUCCGAUUGAAUGAGAAUCUGCCAAGCGAGGAAUCAGAUUCUCCUGUUUAUGAAGAUUGA